AUGAAGCUGCUGAAAGAUUUAAUUAUUCAGCGUAAGGAAUUACAGAAUUGGGAUGAUGCAAUAACUUGGUCGAGAAAUGGUACUUUAUACUUUAGGACGUCACCAGAAAUAACAAUUGGGGAACCUAGAUACCAGGAAAGCUCGCUUAUUAAUAAUAAUGCAAAGGGAUUGUUUUACACAAAGGAAUAUCCUUUAGUUGUUGAUAACGUGAUGGAGUUCGAGACUGCGGCAGAGAAUACCUUUCUCAACACCCAGCCGACCUCGUUUGUCAGAACAUGUAAACCUUCUAAAGUUGAUGAUAGUGAGUAUUUAGCUGUAUUAACGAAUAAUUUCAACGUUAUUAUAUAUAAAGAUAAGAACUCCGUUGCAAAAAUCGACCAACUGGGAAACAAUGUACAGCAACGAUGUUUUCAUGCAUUUGAAUGGUCACCUCAUGAUAAUGUUAUUGUUGUUGGUAAUGAAGUUGGCGAGCUUUUAUUCUUCAAAAAAGAACUGGAAUCUGACAACUUUGAUUUAAUAAAUAAAGUUGAGAUUGGUGAAUUACAGUCACAAUAUAUUACUGAUAUUCAUUGGAAAGGAAAUAAUCUUAUUGUAACUGCAUCUGAUAAUUCGAUAUGGAGACUUGAAUAUGAUGAAAGUCCAUCACACCCUAUAAUGGUAAUUGAUAGUUCAAGAUUUAAAAUAUUCGACAUGGCCACAAUCAAUGACCGUUUCAUCGUUGCCACUGCAUCUGGUCAUCUAUAUAAAUAUGACUUGAAAUCCAGUAAAUUAGAUAUCGAAAGACUCCCUGUGGCGAAUAAUUUUUAUAUUGUCCCAAUUAAAAAUACGAAUGUUUUAAUCCUGGUGUCAAACGUUAACAGUUUGACUAUUAAGAUAGAUUUAGAUUCCGAGAAAAUAUCUCCACAAUCGGAUACUCUAAUUGGUCCACACUUGUCUCAUAAAUCUAAGAAAUGGAAUGAAAUAUGGAAUGAAUCAGGGAAAUAUGAAACAACUUUGAAUGUGUACGGCGUAUCGCUAUCACCAGACGGCUUCACAGCUGCGAUUUUAUAUAAUGUAAACCGUGUAACAUGGAAGUAUGUGAUUUCUUCACAACGUCAAUUCCAUGUGAUGUUUGUCCCACUAUGUGACCAAUGGGAAAUAUCCAAUGAUGCUACUGGGCUUGCAUCAUACCAAACCCAUAUUAUAUACCAAAGGGGUAAUUUACCACAGAGAGGGGCUUUAACAAAUGAUAUUUUGUUUGAGUCAGUUGAAUCUAACUCAAAUUUUGAUACACAAAUCGAUUUCAAGCAAUAUUUGAUCAAUUAUUUCAAUGAUGAAAAGCUAAAUAAAUUAAGGUUUAACAUUUAUUUAGACAACACUGAUAGUAGAUGUAUAGAAAUAUUCCGGAGAUUAAUUAUAAAAUAUGCUUUAUCUAAAUUAGAAACAAUCACAAAUGUAUUAGAUAUCGCAUGUCUUACAGCACUUAUUAGAACGACAGACACUUCUUCCAAUUUCAAUAUCCCAUCCAAUAAAUUUGAAGAAUAUACUAUGAAAGGCCAGUUUAUUACACAAGAUUUCGCCAUCAAACCAAUCAAUGAUACUACUGAAUUCUCCACAGAGGAAAUUAUUUCUAAGGAAGGUAACACCUGGAAACGAUGUGCCGUAACACUACUACCAAUACUCGGCUUAGCUGUAAAAAGGUGCCCUGUCACUAACAAAAGAGUCAUAGAUAUCGAUACUGAUACUCUUAACGAAUAUGGUUGGUUCACUAGAACAUUACUCGAGAUAUUUUCGAAAAAUAGUGUAUAUACUGGUACCGCUAUGGUAUAG